CUGGCUUACUCGAAGACACACGGUGUUUUGGUAAGAAAACCCCCUCAGCCUGGUGGAUGCCCGCAUGUUUUGCCCAAUUCUUCCAAUCCCAGCCCAGAAUCCUGUUUGAAGCCUCUCAACCCAGCCAUUUUCGUGUGCACAAGAAACCUUCCGACUGACCUUGUCUCUUCUUUCCCGUCACAGUUCGACCCGGACUUUCAAACGCCUCUAAUACUCGGCGAGUCGUUGGACCUGUCGGACUCAGAAGAGUCACAGUUUGUCGGUGCAUUUUCAGACGGCCUGUGGGCCAAGUCUGAGCCCAUCUUGUCCAUGUCUGCUUUCCAGAAGCCCGCCGCUGGAGCCAUUCUAGAUUACGGUUCCACAAGAUCUCUUCAAGAUGCUGCUUCUUACUCGAACUACGGCCAAUCACCCUAUGUAACGACCCCAAUGGUUCCCUCGCCCAUGGCCGAUCAGGCAAGUCAGAUCUCGGAUUGCGUUCCGUAUCUGCCCAAUGAGUAUGCUAGCUCCUACGAGGAGUCUCAGUCGCCCAUGUUAGCUGCACGCCACCGACAGCUACCCGAGAUUGUGACAUACAGUCCCCAGCGGGGAAGCGAAGGAGGCCGAGUGAUGGUAAAACUCCAGUGCCCCUAUGAUCUGCAUGCCUCCACAUACGCCGCCUUGUAUGUGGUCUUCGGCUCGAAGAAGGUUGAGUCCCUUCCGCACUUCCUCGGCUUCGACGGCCCUGAUUUCAUGUACGGUCUUUCCGCCGAUGUACCUGCUUUCCUGUCCACCGGCUCGCCAUCACUCGCUGUGCCCCUUUCCGUCUCAAUGGAGACCCAGGAAAACUAUCCUGCCACCACUCUCCAGGUCGGUGUGUUUACCUACGAGCAAGUCCCGCACUCUUCGCCGCCAGUGGACUCCCGCAAGAGGAAGCUCUCGUCCUACGCCGAUGUCACUGCGGCACCUUCCGCUAAGAGACACACUGGAGCGGUGAUUCCCAAGGUUGAGCACCACGAGGGCUACCACAGCCGCUCGGUGUCUGCAUCCUACUCGCCGUACCUGCAGCCUCUGCCCGCCAUGGCCGGGUUCGUCACACCGUACCAAGCUGCCUCCUCUCCUCAGACUGGCUCUGGCCAAUAUUCCACUGUGUCUGCCGCUCCUCAGCCCGCCCACCGUGUCCCUUCCCCUAUCACCCCAGGUUGGAGCCCAUCGUUCGGCACCGAUGCUCGCCACACAGGCCUCGCCCUGGCACAUGGUCUGCGUCAACGAAAGGGUCCCGUCCAGCGCGGUUCAGCGAACCCCACUCUGAUUCGCACCUCGACCAUCCAAACAAACGCCAUGUCCCACAGCGGAGCUUUCAACCCGUAUGCCAUGUAUCCCACCAAGGCUGUGCUCAAGCUCAACGGUGACCUGAACACCAUGACCGACGGCUGGUCGGAGGAAGAGCGUGGCUGUCAACGUCGUCUGGUGCAGUUCACCCGUUCCCAGACUGGUAGCACCAUCCUGGGCGAGUUCAAGGCUGUUACCCCCGAGGAUCGAGCUCCAAGCAGCAUCUGCAUCAGCUGCAUUUACUGGGAGGACAAGGACGAGUGUUUUGUCACUAGUGUGGAUACCAUUUACCUUCUCGAGUCGCUCGUUGCUGUGCGCUUCACUGUCGAGGAGAAGAACCGUAUCCGUCGCAACCUGGAGGGUUUCCGUCCUUUGACCGUCUCCAAGGCCAAGGCUGACAGCGAAGAGUUCUUCAAGCUCAUCAUGGGCUUCCCUGCCCCCAAGCCUCGCAACAUCGAGAAGGAUGUCAAGGUGUUCCCUUGGAAGAUCUUGAGCCACGCACUGAAGAAGAUCAUUGGAAAAUACUCUGCCAGCUACUCCUCCACCGCCAGUGCUAUCCCCACGCCAAUGACUACAAACUACACCAGCCAUGGCACUGCUUCUGAUUCCGGCACCGAGGCCCACACUUCCAACUCUCCUCAGUCGAUCCCCGACCAUGCUCCUGCUGGUAACACCUACACGAGCAUGCCUGUCCAGGCCUACUCGGAGGCCGAUCACCCCAGCUCCCACCUGUCCUCAGCCCCCGACCUCCGAUCCAUGGUUGCAGUCACACAACCAUACUCCUCCGUCGGUGCAUACUCUUAUCCAGCCAUCUGUCAUCCCCAAAAUGCCCACAGCCUCGCAGCCUCCGCUCCUCGACCUUGGGACAUGCACCCACUCGGCCCGAGCGCCCCUCACACCGGCGCCCCGACCAACGGGGGAUGCUACAACUACCUGGACCCCGUGUACUCCAUGCAUGACACCGCUCACGGGCACUGA